UACUUGCAAGUCACUAAUUCUCUUGAUCGGAAAGGUACACUGAUUUGAGAAAUUAUCCGUGGAAGCUGAAGGCAGUCAGCGCCACCCUAACACGCGCUUUCACUGGUUAAGAACGCGGAAGAAAUGGGCGGCUCUUUAUGGCUCGGCCCAUCAGCCAAUAGCGUAGCGCGAAGGCGAUGAUUGACGCGGCCCUCUCCACCAAUCAGCACGUCGCAAACCAGCGCGUGAACAACCCACCCAGCUGAUUAUACAUACAGCGAUGACAGCUCGCUAAUCCACUGCGUUUGCUUCAACAGCCCAGCGCAAACAGGGAAUCUCGAACACAAAAGGCGAGUCUUUUCAACAAAAUCCUGCUGUCAACAUGAAGGCUAUAAGCCCAGUGAGGUCCUUCCGGAAAAGUAGCGCGAGUGUAUCGACGACGGAGCACAGUCUGGGAAUCUCGCGGAGCAAGACCCCCGUGGACGAUCCUCUCAGCCUGCUCUACAACAUGAACGACUGCUACUCCAAACUGAAGGAACUGGUGCCGAGCAUCCCGCAGAACAAAAACGUGAGCAAAAUGGAAAUCCUCCAGCAUGUCAUCGACUAUAUCCUGGAUCUGCAGAUCGCGCUGGACUCCAAUUCGGCGAUAACCAGCCUGCAUCACCCGCGAGCGGGGCAGGGGACAUCCAGAACACCCCUGACAACACUCAACACAGACAUCAGCAUCCUCUCACUACAGACACCUGAGUUUCCAUCAGACUUGAUCACAGAGGACAGCAGGACACUUUACCGUUAAUCAGGUGUUUGGUUAAGACACAAGAACACACAGGACCUGGGAACUGGCUUUUCCUCUGAUUUCUGUUCUCAGUCUGGAGUUUUUUUUUUUUUUUCUUUUCUUUCCUGUAAUUGAAUCAAGAGACUUUCUUUUUUUCCUUCUCAAAGGACAAUCCAUGUGAUGUGUUAUGAGUUCGGACAUUGAUUAUUUAUCUUCUAAAAAGACAUUCUUCAAGAGGAAGAAGCACUAUAUUCCCUGAAAAUAGGAGGGAAACCUGUAAAUGAUCACAAGGAACCUUUUCUCUGCAUUGAGAAGAAGUCUUACCUUUUUUUUCUCUCUCUCUCUCUCGUGAAGAGCGGCGUGUGAAUAUGAGAAGAUGUGGUUAGUUAUUGUACAAAGAUUUAAGUCUGUUUUUUUUUUUUUUUUUUCCUGUCAAUUCUUUUGGCACAUGAAGGACUGGACUUUUGAAAAAUGACGUGAUGAAACCUUGUGAACUCUCUCUCUCUCAGAGUUUUAUCUUGUAUAGUUGCAGAAAUUGGACUGUCGGUAUCUGCAAAGUGUUAUGCUGUAUGCUGAGACUUUUUAUAAAAGUAAUAUUGUAAAUCGUACCUUUUUUUUUUUUAUACAAAAUAAAUCAAAUGCUUUA